CUUUCAUCAGUUUCAAACAAACCAACAAACAAACCCACCCCCCUCCCUCUUUCAAACAAACAAACCACCCCCAAAAUUCACUGCUACACACUCCUAUUUCUAGAGAGAGAGAGAGAGAGAGAGAGAGAGAAGAGCAGCUCAAGCAUAGACCCUCCUGUCAAUCAUCAAUUUUCCCCUCCUUCCUUCCCUUCCCUCCACUCCUGCUGGAAAUCCUCCAUUCCCUGCUCCUCCUUUCCUCCCCACUCCACUCUCUUCCAACCCAGAUCCAAACCCAGCUCGAAAGCACUUUUCGAUUACUGGGUGUUCGGGCCAACUCACGAGCACCUCGAGAAAACAUCGACUUAUAAACAUUGGAGAAUCACAACCAGCAAUGGUGGCGGAGCCUUGGAGGAUUCUCAAAAUGGGCCACCAGGUAACCUCAAAGAACCUCAAAAAACACGACAAAAACCAACAACAACAACCGCCGCCGCCACUCCGCAAGCAGACCAUAGGCAUCCUCUCCUUCGAGGUCGCCAACGUCAUGUCCAAAACCAUCCACCUCCACAAGUCCCUCACCGACGCCUCCCUCUCCGGCUUGAAGCGCGAGAUCUCCCAGUCCGACGGCGUUUUAAGCCUCGUCUCGCCCGACGAGGCCCACCUCCUCGACCUCGCCCUGGCCGAGAAGCUCGACGACUUGAACAGAAUCGCCGGGGUCGUGUCCAGGCUGGGCAAGAAGUGCUCGGUCCCCGCCCUGCAGGGAUUCGAGCACGUGUACGGCGACGUGACGAGCGGCAAGCUGGACGUGAACUUGUUGGGGCUCUUGGUGAAGGACAUGGAGAGGACGGUGAGGAAGAUGGAGAGGUACGUGAGCGCGACCAAGCGGCUGUACGGCGAGAUUGAGGUGAUGAACGAGCUGGAGCAGGCGACGAGGAAGUUCGCGGCGAACCACCACGAGGAGAGCCGGAAGGCGUUCGAGCAGAAGCUGGGCUGGCAGAGGCAGGACGUGAGGGGUCUGAAGGACGUUUCGCUCUGGAACCAGGGGUACGAUAAGGUUGUGGAGCUGCUGGCUAGGGCGGUUUGCACGAUUUUCGCUAGGGUUUGUGCGGUGUUUGGCGAUUCCGUUCUGAGGAAGGAGUUUGGUUGCGAGGGCGAUUCGCAUUCUUUAAAGGACGAAUGUGGGCGGAAAUCUGGUCAAAUUGAUUCAAAUCGUAAAAAUCGGAAGAGUUCUUAUGGAUUAGGACCGGUUUUGAGCAAGGGUGCUAAUGGGUGUAAUCGCUCGGGGCCGGUUAAGAGAGAGCAAAAGGGGAUGAAUAUUAGUAGCUCUGAAGUGCGGUUGUAUCGUCCGGGAGAUUUUAAUUUGGAUUGUGGGGCUGGCCCUGGCAGGCUUUUCAUGGAGUGUCUUAGUUUGAGCAGUUCAGCUUCCAAAGUGGAUGAUGAUGACGACGACGAAGUUGUUAGUCAUGAUGAUCGAAGUAGUCAAACUUCCGGGUGUUGUAGUGUUGCGAGUGGUAUGAGAAGAGAGCUCCCAAAUCAUUCGGGUUGCUUUACUCCGGCUCAAAGUGGGGUUCUUUUUGGUGGAGAGCAAUGGCAUGCUAAGGGUGGUGUGGAAAAUGGGUCCCGAUUUGGGCCUAAAAGCAGGUUACCCCUGUAUGCUCCUCCUUCCACGGUUGGAGGCGCUGCUCUAGCCAUGCAUUAUGCAAAUGUCAUAAUUGUGAUAGAGAAAUUGCUUCGGUACCCACAUUUGGUUGGGGAAGACGCUAGAGACGAUUUGUAUCAGAUGUUGCCAACAAGCUUAAGAAUGUUGUUGAAGGCUAGUUUAAAGACUUACGCAAAAGACAUGGCAAUAUAUGAUGCUCCUCUUGCCCAUGAUUGGAAAGAGAGGCUCGAUGGGAUACUUAGGUGGCUUGCUCCAUUAGCACAUAAUAUGAUCAGGUGGCAAAGUGAGCGGAAUUUCGAACAGCAGCAGAUUGUUAUGCGAACAAAUGUGCUUCUGUUGCAGACUAUAUAUUUCGCUGAUAGGGAAAAGACGGAGGCAGCUAUAUGUGAACUUCUGGUUGGGUUGAAUUAUAUAUGUCGGUAUGAGCACCAGCAAAAUGCGUUAUUGGAUUGUGCAAGCAGUUUUGACUUUGAUGACUGUGCGGAUUGGGAGAUGCCCUACUGAGCUUCUUAUCUGCAUUGAAGAUAUCGGUAGUUUUGUUUGUUAGCUCCUGAUACUUAUGUGAAGAUAAAGAGAUUCUAGUUCGAAAUUGUGAAUAUCAGAGCUUUUUGCAUAUUGGAGACUCCAAUUGUUGUAAAAUGGUGUUGAUUUGUGUAUGUUAUUGCAAGGUAUGGAGAGUUUACUCCUUGAGUAAAAUUCCACUUCUUUUAGUGAAAAUGAAAGUAUAUUUUUGUUCUUUAGGAUGUGUCAUAUAGUGUUAGUAGUUUGGAAUAAAAUUUCUUUUCCAAA